AGAGCAUUGCUGAAGUAUUCCGAUGUUUUAUUUGUAUGGAGAAAUUGCGUGAUGCACGUCUGUGUCCUCAUUGCUCCAAGCUGUGCUGUUUCAGUUGUAUUCGGCGUUGGCUGACUGAACAAAGAGCUCAGUGCCCUCACUGUAGAGCCCCGCUGCAGCUACGAGAGCUCGUGAACUGUCGUUGGGCAGAAGAGGUCACGCAGCAGCUUGAUACGCUUCAGCUGUGCAAUCUCACCAAGCACGAGGAGAACGAAAAAGACAAGUGUGAAAAUCAUCAUGAGAAGCUUAGUGUUUUCUGCUGGACCUGUAAGAAGUGUAUCUGCCACCAGUGUGCCCUCUGGGGGGGAAUGCAUGGGGGACAUACUUUUAAGCCACUGGCAGAAAUCUAUGAGCAACACGUCACAAAAGUAAACGAAGAAGUGGCAAAGCUUAGGAGAAGACUCAUGGAACUGAUCAGUUUGGUGCAAGAAGUGGAGAGGAAUGUGGAGGCGGUGCGUAGCGCGAAGGAUGAGCGAGUUCGGGAAAUCAGGAAUGCAGUGGAGAUGAUGAUUGCCAGGUUAGACACACAGCUGAAGAACAAGCUUAUAACAUUAAUGGGUCAAAAGACAUCACUCACUCAAGAAACUGAACUUCUGGAAUCCCUGCUUCAGGAAGUAGAACAUCAGUUACGAUCGUGCAGUAAGAGUGAGUUAAUAUCCAAAAGUUCAGAGAUCCUGAUGAUGUUCCAGCAGGUUCAUCGGAAGCCCAUGGCCUCCUUUGUCACUACUCCUGUCCCCCCAGACUUCACAAGUGAAUUGGUUCCAGCCUAUGACUCGACUACAUUUGUCCUGGAAAACUUCAGUACGUUGCGUCAGCGAGCAGAUCCUGUUUACAGUCCACCUCUUCAAGUGUCAGGACUCUGCUGGAGACUAAAAGUUUAUCCAGAUGGAAAUGGAGUAGUACGGGGUUACUACCUGUCUGUGUUCUUGGAGCUGUCCGCUGGAUUGCCAGAGACAUCCAAGUAUGAGUACCGUGUAGAAAUGGUUCACCAGUCCACCAACGAUCCCACCAAAAACAUAAUUCGAGAGUUUGCCUCUGAUUUUGAAGUUGGAGAAUGCUGGGGUUACAACAGAUUCUUUCGUUUAGACUUGCUAGCCAACGAAGGCUAUUUAAACAGGCAAAAUGACACUGUGAUCCUAAGGUUCCAAGUGCGCUCACCAACCUUCUUCCAGAAGUGCCGAGAUCAACACUGGUACAUUGCUCAGUUGGAAGCAGCUCAGACAAGUUAUAUCCAACAAAUAAAUAACCUUAAAGAAAGGCUUGCCAUUGAACUUUCCCGGACUCAGAAAUCACGAGGCAUUUCACCUCCAGACACUCAUCUUAGUCCCCAGAAUGAUGAUGGUUCAGAAACAAGAUCAAAGAAAUCUGGACAAAGCACUGAGGUGCUGCUUGAGAAUGUUGCUGCUCCAGGAUUGGUGCGAGAUAGCAAGGAAGAGGAGGAAGAGAAGAUCCAGCAUGAAGACUUUAACCAUGAGCUCUCUGAUGGUGACUUAGAUAUAGACCUUGCUGGAGAAGAUGAAGUGAACCACCUCGAUGGUAGCAGCUCUUCAGCUAGUUCAACAGCAACUAGUAACACUGAAGAAAAUGAUAUUGAUGAAGAAACUAUGUCUGGAGAGAAUGACGUGGAAUACAGCAGUAAUAUGGAGUUGGAAGAAGGAGAUCUCAUGGAGGAUGCAGCAGCUGCUGCUACUCCUGGAACAUCAGGUACAAGCCAUGGCUACACCAGUGCAAGUGGAAGAUCUUCAAGGCGGGGAGGAAGUGCCCUGGGCUCAGCAGCCAGUAGCAGUUUACUAGAUAUAGAUCCCUUAAUUUUAAUCCACUUGUUGGAUCUAAAAGACAGAAAUGGGAUGGAAAACCUUUGGGGCCUUCAGCCACGUCCACCCACCUCUCUUCUGCAGAACAGAGCCUCGUCCUAUUCCCUGAAAGAUCGAGAUCAGCGGAGACACCAGGCAAUGUGGCGCGUGCCACCGGACUUGAAGAUGCUGAAAAGACUUAAAACUCAGAUGGCUGAAGUUCGAAGCAAAAUGUCUGAUGUCAAAAACCAGCUGUCAGAAGUGAGAAGCAGCAAUGCUGGCUCAUGUGAUGGGCAGCCCAGCUUCUUCUCCAUUGAGCAAGGUGCUUUAGCUGCCUGUGGAACGGAGAGCUGCAGCAAGCUGCAAGAAAUAGGAAUGGAACUCCUGACAAAGUCUUCGGUUACCAGUUGUUACAUAAGGAAUUCUGCCAGUAAGAAAAGUAAUUCUCCCAAACCUCUUCGCUCGGGAGCAGCAGGUAGCCUGUCCUUACGGAGAGCCAUGGACUGCGGGGACAGCAACCUGCGUCUGAAGGGAGACGGGAAAACAGAAGGUAAACGAGGUGGCAUAGGGAGCUCCAAGCUGAGUAGCCGGCAUCACACUCCCAGGCCCCUGGCCGGCAGCUGCACCUCCGAGGCGCUGCCCAAGCCCGAGGAAAGACCUUGUGAAGGUUCAGAUUCUGAUGUGGGAGUUUCUGGCUUGAAUGGUUUAGCUGCUGUAGAGAAGACCAGAAAAGUCGGUGCUCUAGGAACGAAUUCUAAAGGAUGUCGUACAGAAGGAGCCCAGGCGGGUGGUGUGGAGAACAGCUCUGAAGCUGGCGAACGGCAGGGUGUGCUCUCUGAAGGUGCUUCUGCAGGGCCCGAGGAAGCUGGGGUGUGUCAGAAGCAUGUCCUUCAUCUCCUGCCAGGAAUGAGCAGUGACAGUGACAUUGAAUGUGACACAGAAAACGAGGAGCAGGAGGACACCGCCUCUGCCUCGGAGGGGUUUAACCACGCCUUCUCCGUCCUGUCCUCGAGCGAAGCCUCGGAGCGGUGCUCCGUGUUCCCGGAGGGGGAUCAGGUCGGUCCCGACGACCUCGGCUUCGUGGCUGGAGAAGACAGCACCAGAUAGAGAACGGGCUGAGGGCCUGAGGACCUGCCGGCUCGGGGAGAAGCGGCGUUUUGUUCAGUGCUGGUGGUGGCUGUGUGUGUGCUCCAUCCCGCCCAGGGCCCUUCUUCAGUCGUCUCAAACCUGCUCCUGGGGCAAAGUGACCUCGGAAGGCCUUACCCUGACACGGCAUUCCCACGUUCCGGCUCCGCCAGCCUCUCAAAAACUGUCUGGAAGGUUCUGGAGCCCUUUCCCAGGCUCCGGCCUCAUCUCAAAUGGCACAACCUGGGUGUGGGGGGUCUGUGUGGAGCCCGGGCGGGGGCACAACAGCCGCUGCAGCGGUUGUUUUCCUCAGCCUGGUGGGGACCAGCUGAACCUGUUGCCAAACUCUGCUGCUGUGCGUUGUGUUUUGAGCUGCUAAACGACGUGUGAAGCUACAACAGCUGAACGCCGGGGUAGUGACGGAGCAUGAGUAACUGUAACCCAGAGCUGUGCGUGUCGCGGCUGCCUGUACUGAUGUUGUUCUUUUCUGUCUGAAUGUUCUGCAGUGUAAGUGCUGUACAACUCCCUAGUUUGAACCUGUUUGCACUUUGUUAAUAAAAUGAAUGUUGAAAGCUGCU